AAUCAACAACGAUUUUAUGCUUUAAAUAUAAGAUACAAGUCACUAGCAAAUGGGGAGUUCUGGUGUUACAAGUACUUAUAAUGCUCAAGCACAAAGGGUCCCUUAACCCUGUGUUAGUACGCAUCAGCAUGAAACACUUGUAUCAUCCUUGUUCAAAUUCCAUUACCUGCCCAACAGCAACUGAGAAAAAGCAAGAAAGAAACAUUCUGCAAACAAAGCAAAUUAAACCAAGAGGGGAGACCUUUUCUGGUUGUCUGGGAUGCAGUCCCUCCUUUUUCCUUGCAAUGUGAGUUUCCUUUUGUGGAAAACAAAAGCACAAGAGGAUUUAUUUUCUUCUUGUGCUUGAACUCCACCACUGAAAGGAAGACUAGUUUUGAUUCCAAAUUCCCUCUUAUUAUGUAUUUUGUUUUCUUUUGAAUAUGGUUCAAAGAAUGGUUCUAAGCAAGCUUGGUAUCCAUGCUGAUCAUGCCAAAUCUGACAAGUGCUUAGCAAACCUGAAGCCAUAUUCUUCUCAGUAUCAAGAUGGCAAAACCAAAGGAACUGAUAAGGUGAAGAAAAUGAUGAAGUCAAGGUCAUUUCAGCUUUCGGAUUUCGAGCCUCCUCAAUCACUGCCUUCAGUUAGGAGCUUAUCCCAACCAAGAAAGCUAUCACCUCUUCAUGUUCCAACUGCUGAGGCAUCCCCACAACAGCAGAAGGCUUUGGUCAGAAGGUCACCCAAUUACAUGAAGCCUACCAGCAGUUCAUAUGCAAAAAAGGAGCUUUUGCCGGUUAGUCAUCGGAAUACCCAAUCUAGUUCAGAUGGCAAGAGUUUACCACAAAAAUGCAUGAGAAAUUCAAAAGCUAGCUUUGUUUCUUGCAAAGAACCAGCAAAAACAUUGUCAAGAUCAUCUAGUUUGAAUUCAAUGAGAACAUUAACGAAGACUCCUAGUUUUAAGCCUUGUAAAGCUUGUUCAAGAGAAUUCACAUCAGCAGUUCUGUUUGAAGAUGUGAAUGCACCCGAGAGAGCUACCUGCUCUUCAACUUUGAAAGACUGUAAAUUCCCCGAGUACCUCAUGCUUCACCCUGGGGGAACUGAGUCUAAGGGAGUUUCACUCAUGAAGGUUUGCCCAUAUACAUAUUGUUCUCUUAAUGGCCAUGGCCAUGGUCAUGGUCAUGCUCCUUUGCCUCCAUUGAAGAGCUUCAUGUCAGCAAGGAAGCAUCUUUUGGAGACUCAGAAGAAAAUCAAGCCGGAAGCUGCAAGCCCUCAAAGAUGGAAGGUGCCCCCCUGUGACACAAAAAAAGACUCUUAUAGUGAGCAAAUGGUCUUUCAUGGAAAACCUGCAUGUGAUGAAGCUGAUACAGGUAAUCCAACAAUCACUCCCUUGGCACAAGAAAUUGCUAUGGAUUUCUUUUUUGAAAUCUAUGCUAAGGAAAGGGAAGGAGCUGACGAAAUGGGAAAAUUCAACUCUUUCAAAGACCUUGAGAAACAAGAAGAUAUCAAGUUUACAAAUGAGGAGAAUGGCUUUGCAACAGAAGACGAUGGAGUCAAGCAAGUUACUCCAGGUGUGACUCAUGAUCUGUCGAAGUCUCAGAUCAAUUUCGAGGAGGAUUUCAAAAACUACUUUGCUGAUGCUGCUGCAAUUGAAGCAGAUAUCAAGGGGAGCUUUUAUCUAGGACAAAAUGCUGAAGAUGGGGAUGAAAACCACCCACCUAACUGGUUUCAUGAAGAAACCUGUACAGGAAGCUACUGCAAUGAGGCUAGCUAUGACGGGGAACACAUGGAUAAUAGUGAAUUGGACGAGUCCAAUUCCCAAUAUAGUGAUAUGGACUGGGAGGAGGAGGAACACUUCUGUGAAUUCAACCAUGAGGACGAUACUGAUUCUUCCAUCUACUCAAUGGAGGAGACUAACUCAAAACUUGAGUCCUUAUUAGAGAGUUCACAUGAUAUAUCUGAAAUGCGGUUACACAACAUUUUUAGCAGUCAAUAUGCAUACAUUCUGGUUGAAGAAGCACUCCAAGAAGCUGAAGAAGAGAAAAUGACCAGUUUUAGCAGCCAAUAUGCAGACAUUCUGGUUAAAGCACUCCAAGAAGCCAAAGAAGAGAAAAGGACCAGUUUUGAUGCACAACCUUGUUGCACUAAUUCUGUCCUGGAAGACACAAGUGAAAGCAUCAAGUUUGUGACUCAAGAAACAGAUUAUUUGUCCAAUGGUACAAGUUUCGAGUAUGAACAAUCUACUUUGACAGAGGAAGUAUUUCAAUAUUUGGCAAAUGCAGAACAUAACAGCAGAGAAAAUGAAAAACAUGUGGAUUAUGAGGCAUGUUGUGUCUCAAUGGUACUUGAUGAAGAGACAGUUGAGAAUAGUGAAGGCCACAAGACUAGUGAAAGUUGCAAGAUUGAUGAGAGCUGUGAAGACAGAAAUGCAAGGCUAGAGAAUGAUGACGACGAUGGAAUUAGCCAAGAGAACCAAAUUCACUCAUCUGAAGUGCCUGAGGAAAACACCAUUAUUGUUCAGGAGCAGAAAUUAUUGGAGGAAAAUCAAGUUAAGGGUAGUAAGUUCCUGAGUACAGAUGGUGGUGAAGAGCAGCACACAAGCAAGAAUUGGCAAUGGGGAACUAAGCGGAAGAGAACUGUGGAAGAGGAUGAGGAAAUGAGAAAGAUCAGCCCACAAAAUCCAAAUUUCCUGCCCUUGGUUGCUGAGCCAGAACCUGAGAAAGUUGAGCUGAAGCACCAAAUGAUAGAUGAAAGAAAAGAUGCAGAGGAAUGGAUGCUUGAUUUUGCACUCAGACAGGCUGUCACAAAACUUGCUCCAGCAGGGAAAAGGAAGGUGUCAUUGCUGGUUGAAGCUUUUGAAACAGUAAUGUCAAUGCCCAAAUGUGAAGCCUGUAUAAUAAAUGAUUCACCCUUUGCUCAUGCAAGGCCUAUUCAAGCGUGUAGAUGAUGUAUGCAUGCAACCAAGGUAGAAACAUAGAGAGGUCUUCUCUGAUUCCUUCUAGCAAGUGCUAUCUUGCACGGGAAUCAAAGGAGUAAGACACCAAGAAAAGGUCAAUCUCCAUGACCAAGAGUAAUCUGCAAGCACCUAUUGCAACAAGUAACUUGCUAUGCAUUUCCUUUUUGAAGCUUGGAGAAAAUUGAACUUGCAGGGUCGUGUGGCUUUUACAUGGAAACUGAAACACAAGAAUAGGAUGUGGAGUUGCUUCUCAAACUUGUUCAGUGCAAUUUGGCAUUUACUUUCUUUAAUUUGUUUUUGAUGCAUCUUAUGUUAAUAAUUAAUAGCAAUGAUGCUCCAGAUUUGUAUAUAACGAAAUGUGCUUUAUAUAACUUUGUUAUUAUUUUCCUCUA